AUGAAUACGCAUUUCUCAAAUACUGAAGGAGCAACACCGGCUUUUGAACAAGAUCUGGCAAUAAACACCGUUGACACAUACAAUUCAUUGAGUUCCUCGCAUACCCAGGCCUUAUCUGGCGAGCUUGAGGAAAGUCAACAAUGCUCUCCUUCGAAUGCCGCCUACCUAGAUGAAAACGAAAUGCUUGCGUCGAACUCAUCGAGUGAAAUUCAGCAAGAAAAUGAUGCGGACUUAGCAGCUCCGCGAAGUUCUGAAACUCAUGCUGACAGACGCCGACAACGUCUAGCGGCGCAUGCCAAACGAGCAGCAUCUGAAAGAGCCAGUGAGACUGAUCACGAGCGUAGGUUACGACUUGCAGCUCUAGCUAAGAGGGCUAAGCUCAAAAGAUCAGUUGAAUCUGAAGAGGAGAAGUCAGUCCGUCUCGCGAAAGAUGCGGAAAGGGCGAGAGCAAGACGAUCCGCUGUGCUAAAAGAACGAACUAGAAUUACCAAGAGCGAUAAGAUCGAGCAGAAUUCCCAAGAAAGUUCGGUACAGCACGACCGUGGAGAAGGCUAUGUACAUAGUCAAUUUCCAAGCACAUCUCGUGCUUAUGGAUUGGAAGCUUUGGACAGCCAACAAUUACCACUCUCGCACUACUUCGAAGCCACCACUGCGGUUGCUUCGAUUGAUACUCAACUAAUGGUUAGCCUGUCAUUUGUUGGAAUUCCUUAUUGA